AUGGCGUCCGGCGACCGCAUACCAGACGCCGAAGAGGCGAAAAAUUCCCUCCUGGCCAACGUCCACGAAUACGGCACAAACCCCCUCCCGCCCGCGAUCCACGCGAUCCUCAUUGCCGCCUUGCACGGCCGGCCCCUCAAGAUCCUCCCAUUCUCCUUCGCGCCCGCCCUCCUCUUCAGCAGCUACGUCAACCUCGCCGGCUUCCCCACCGACAGCGCGGGCUUCACGUGCGCCGUCUCGGGCCUGUACGCCCUCCUCGCCCUGCGCCGCCGCCAGCCGUUCCGGAGCAAGUUCACGGCCCGCGGCGCCGUGCGCGGGGUGGCCAUCGGCAUGGGCUUCGCCAACUCGGCCGCCGGGGCGUGGGUGUACGCCAGCGGGGACCGCAAGAAGGAUGAUGCGGAGAGGAAGUCGAGGAAUCGCUGGGGAGGGGAGUCAUGA